AAACGGGUACGUCGAUGUUUUCAUUCCCCCGCUUUCGCCAUGAAGGAAGCGAACAUGGCUCUCCCUGUGAGUAUGGGGGCUCUACUGCAGGCGGAGCCCCUGGAGGACGCUUCUUACCGGGACGACGGCCUGUGCGUCGUCGGCAUCUUCGGGAAAAGCAACAUGCAGCCCGGACCCAUCAAGGACUCCCUCAUCAACACCCUGGCCGACAAACACAUCUUCUCGCUGUUCGAUGCACCGGACGACGACGGCGCCGCCGCCGAGAGCAACAUCCAGGCUUUCUACCACCAGGAGAACCGGGUCAUCUACCUGCUCCUCUCCUCCGUGUGUGACAGCCGCCAGCUGCUGCGGGCCUGCCAGGCUCUGAACGCCGCCGACGGACACUCGGACGCCCACGAGUUCUGGAAAGGCCUGGAGAGGCAGCACUGCCUCCACCUGCUCUACAUGUUCUCCGUGUGCCACGUCCUGCUCCUCGUGCACCCGAACCAGACCUUCGACGUGACCUACGACCGGCUCUUCAGGGCCCUGGACGCCCUGCGGCAGAAGGUCCUGCCCCUGAUCCGGGCCGCCAUCAAAGACUGCCCGGUGUCCAAGGAGUGGAAGCUGAACUGUCGGCCCUGUCCUCCCCGGCUGCUCUUCGUCUUCCAGAUGAACCGUUCUCAGGCCUCUGGAAACGGCUCAGAUUCCGGAGGAAACCCAGACAAACCCAAGAAGCAUUCCCCCAGGCGGAGGCUGCAGCACGCGCUGGAGGACCAGAUUUAUCGCAUCUUCCGUAAGAGCCGAGUCCUGACCAACCAGAGCAGUCACUGCCUGUUCACCGUGCCGGCCAACCAGGCGUUUGUGUACGUGAUACCGGCCGCGGACGAGGAUCCCGUGGGCUCUCUGCUCGGUCAGCUGCGAUCCAACUGCAUCGUGUCUGACCAGGAACCCGCCCCGGCCGUGUCUGGGCCGAGACGCUACCAGCAGAUGAGGCGCUCGGCUCGGCAGCUCAGCUUCGGCGGCGACUCGGGCGGCUUGUCGCUGUGCGGUCAGCUGGUGGACUGCAGCUUGAAGGAGUUCCUCUGGCAGCACGUGGACCUGGUGCUGACCAAGAAGGGCUUCGACGACAGCGUCGGCCGCAACCCGCAGCCUUCGCACUUCGAGCUGCCCACCUACACCAAGUGGGUCCAGGUCGCCUCCAAGCUCCACCAAGUCCUCAUUAACAACACGGACGAAGAACUGGCUGAGCUGGCCACGAAGAUCCAAAGCCAGGUGAAGGUUUUGGAGGGUUUUCUCGAUGCGGACACAAAGUUUUCCGAGAACAGGUGCCAGAAGGCUCUGCCGCUGGCUCACAGCGCUUACCAGUCCAACCUCCCCCAUAACUACACCACCACGGUGCACAAAAACCAGCUGGCACAAGCGCUGCGGGUGUACAGCCAGCACGCCCGGGGAGUCGCGUUCCAGCGCUACGCGCUGCAGCUCAAUGAGGACUGCUACAAGUUCUGGAGCAACGGCCACCAGCUGUGUGAGGAGAGAAGCCUGACUGACCAGCACUGUGUCCACAAGUUCCACCUCCUGCCUCAGCCAGGAGAGAAGCCAGACAUGGAUCGUAACCCGCCCAUCCUGAACCACAACAGCAGGGGGCGCUCCACCAGCUCCUGUAACUGUGGCAGGAAACAAGCUCCUCGUGAGGAUCCCUUCGACAUCCAGGCAGCAAAUUAUGACUUCUACCAGAUGCUGGAGGAGAAAUGCUGCGCGAAGCUGGAGAGGAUCGACUUCCCAGUGUUCCAGCCCAGCACUCCCGACCCGGCCCCGGCCUGCAACCAGGCUCAGCGGCUCCCGAGCGAGGCCUCGGGCUCUGGGGAGACGGAAAGGCUGAAGGAGCCGAGCACCGCCCAGAGCCACACCCCGGGAGACACCAGCCUCAGCCUGGCUCUGAGUCUGGGCCAGUCCACAGACAGCCUGGGGCCCUACGCGGACGGGGACGGGCCCGACGCCCAGGUCCAGCCAAAGAGGCCGAGCCUCAUCGAUCGCCAGCCGUCCACCGUGGAGUACCUCCCUGGCAUGAUGCACUCUGGCUGCUCCAAAGGCCUCCUCCCCAAGUUCUCCAGCUGGUCGCUGGUCAAACUGGGUCCGGCGAAGUCAUACAACUGCCACACGGGCCUGGAGCAGCCGGGCUUCCUCCCCGGCUCCUCCUUCCUGUUGCCGUGGGACCUGGUGAUCCGCUCUCGCUCGGAGGAGGACGCGGGACUGAUGGAGCCCCUGGACGGAGGCACCUCCUCGUGGCCCGCCCCCAACAAGACCCUGGUCGGGAAGCGCGGCAGCACCGGAGGCCUCGGCAGGAGCCGCAGGAGGGACGACAUGGCCCGAGUGUUCGUGGGCUUCGAGUACGAGGACAGCAGGGGGAGACGCUUCAUCAGCUGCGGGCCGGAUAAAAUAGUCAAGGUGCUGGGGCCGGGCGGCGCCAAAGACCCCGCCACCAGGGUCCUGAACACCGACAUGCCGCUGUACAUCCCGUCUCCUUCUCAAGGCCGCGGCUUGAAGCCCCACUUCGCUCAGCUGGCGCGGCUUUUUAUCGUGGUUCCCGACGCACCGCUGGAGGUUACCCUCAACCCACAGGUGCUGCCCGGUCCUCCUCCCUGUCCCGUCUUCCAUCCCGAGCAGACGGAUCUGGUGUUGCCGCCCGACAGCCUCUGGGUGCUGCGCUUCCCUUACUCCUACGCCACAGAGCGAGGCCCCUGUUACCCCCCCAAAGACAACCAGCCGCUCAACAACUACAAGGUGCUGCGAGGCAUCCUGAAGGCCACCACCGCCGCCAACCCCCCUCCACAGUGAACCUACGAAUCGAUCUUUAUUUAUUCUCCGUGUUUUUGUUUAAAUGGGCCGUGUAUCUGUCCUCCAUCAAGGAAAAGUUCACAAUUAAAACGAGUUAAAUGGACGCAAAGGUGACGAACUCCCUCUGUAGCGGCAUUAACCUUCAGAUUUAUUUUUCCAAGAGCAGUAAAAGCAUCACACUUGAAAUCUAAAUCACACAAGUAGCUGGAAACACUUUCCCCCCCCACAGGGAAUUCCUUGAAUUUUAAUUGUCGGGGGAUUGAACUUAAUGGAAAACACCAUCAGUCAGUCAGUCAGAAAAAAGUGUGGCGAGUUGAGGCGAGUUGAGGCCAGACACCCACAGUAAACACGCACAGUCUCCUAAAUCCUGUCCAGAAACCGUGUGUGCGCUUUGGUUUCAACAAAGUUUGUUACAUUCCAGUCGGAAACUGGCGGUGGCAUUUACGACCAGCGAUUGAGACUUUAUAAUCGUGAUCAUUUUCUGAUUGAACUUUGAGUCAGUCCACUGAUAAACGAGAACACUUUUUAUUGUGUAAAUGAAUAAAGUGCAGCGUGAACUAGUCUAAAAAAAUGCUCCUGUUUUUCCUGUAAAUAAAAAACGACCUGUUUCAUUCUG